GGUAACCAGGGACGCCAUUGCUAUCAAUUUUGUUGUGGCAAGGUUUUUUCUUCGACACAUUAGUCCAUUUAUUAGAGUGUUGCAAGUUAAUCAUACACAUUUUUACGUGCUCUGAAUAUCUAAAAACAAAAAUGCCGCUAAUAACUGAAAUACCGAAUGACGAAAUACCAGUUUCUUCAACUGAUAAUGGCAAUCGACUGAUAAUAGAAGUUGAAGAAGAGAAGAAAACUACACCACAAGUCGAGAUAACUAAAAAGGAAGAGUUAUUUGAAAGCCUUGUGUCUGGAGAGGAGAAAUCUGAUGAUGUUAAAAAUGAAAACCAAGAAGUUAGUGUAAAUGUAGAGAAGAAACCCAUCACAAAUAACAAAUUUGAACACAAGAAUGUUUUAACAAAGGCGUUCCUGAAAGAACAUUGUAAAAAGUUAAAAAUGUACACAACACCUUAUCUAAAUGACGUUUUGUACCUGCAUUUCAAAAGUAUUAUGAAGAUCGAGAACUUAGACGAAUAUACUGGUUUAAAGUGUUUGUGGCUAGAAACAAAUGGAAUUCAAGUUAUUGAAAAUUUAGACAACCAGAAAGAACUCCGAUGCCUUUACCUCCAACAGAAUUUAAUUGAAAAGCUUGAAAACUUAGAACCAUUACAAAUAUUAGAUACGCUAAAUGUUUGUAACAACAAAAUUAGUAAAAUUGAAAAUAUUGCGUGUUUACCCGUGUUGCAUACCCUCAGUAUUUCACAUAAUUAUCUUAAAACAAGAGAAGAUAUAGAAGAAUUAGCCGAGUGUUCACAACUUGGAGUUUUAGAUCUUUCACAUAAUAAAAUAGAGGAUCCAGAUAUUUUAGAAGUAUUGAAACAAAUGAAAAAUCUACGAGUGUUGAAUCUAAUGGGCAAUCCAUUUAUGAAAAAAGUGAAGAAUUAUAGAAAAACCUUUAUCGCUAACUUAAAAGAACUAACCUAUCUGGAUGAUCGCCCUGUCUUCCCGAAAGACAGAGCAUGUAUUGAUGCGUGGGCUACUGGAGGUGCGGAAGCUGAAAAGAUCGAACGAGAAAGAUGGAUCAGUAAAGAACGACAACGAAUACAAGACAGUGUUGAUGCGUUACUGGAAGUGAGACAGCGGAACGAAGCUAACAGGAUAGAAAAAGAAUUAAAUGAAGAUCAGGAAAUGGGAGAUGGCCAACAUGUUGUAGUGGACCCAAAAUCUGUGGAUUGGCUCUAUGGAACAUACGAAUUAGAAAAUGCUACGCAAUCAGAAGAACCAAAUAACCCUUCACAAACAAAAGAUGACGAAACUGAACCAAAGAAGAUUGAUGAAGACAUGGACGACGAAGACAUGCCUUUUAUAACAUCCAUCAAGCCAAACGAAGCAGCCGACAGCAUUUUCUCAAAGCCUAAUAAUCGAGAAUUUAAUGAUGUUUAUGAGACCCCAAACAGCAACUUAAAUGAUUUACCCGACUUAGAAGAUGUUGAUAUCGACGAUGAAAUCAUCUUACAGACGACCCGGACACCUAAUAAUAGACCAAGAAUAGUAGAACUCAAUGACGAUGGUGAUAGAGAUACGUGGGCAGCUCCUGUUAAUAAACAUCUUAUACAAGAGUUGGACACACAAUCUGAAUCAACCCCAAGCACUCCAACUAAUAAAGACACUUCUUUAUCUUCAGUUGAAACACAAUUAACAGAUACAUCUAGUGAAAAAGACAUUUUACAACAAAUAGGAAAUCUAGUGAAUUUAACACAACCUGGAGCUGGAAAUAGUGAAAAGAAAUCAAGUAGUUAUGAUGAUGAUGAUGAUUUAUUUGGUGAACUCGAUUAAGUGUCCUGUGUAAAUACCUUGAUCACAUCAUCUUUUUAACAUGACGAUUAUCAUUAUUAAUCCAACAUUUCUGACUGUCAGUCAUGUUACUGUAUAGGAGUACUGAAUUUUUUUUCAUUUUUAGACAAUAUCUUGGCUUGUGUUUUCAUGACUUAAUCCACAUUAAAAUUUAGUCAAUUGAUAAUUUAAGAUUCAAUUAAGAAAGAAAAAAAUUAAAUAUCAAGGAUAGAUGAUCUUGUGGCUUCAAUUAAUUCUUUGGAUUAAAAAAAAGAGGCCUAACAAAAGAUUUUACCCAAAUCUUACAGGUGAUGCUGGCUUGUUUAAAUCAUCUGCAGAGAGAUCUCUGAAUGAUAUUUGAUUCAUAAAUCAUAAAAUCUUUGUAAAUAAUGAACAGAAUGUGUACCAUUUUUGGACUGGUAUUCCUUUUAGAUACUCAAAUUCACACAAGGGAUUCCAUUUUACUCAGUAGACGAUCCGUUGCUAUGAAAUAACGAUACCCACUGUGUCAUGCCUACUUCCGAAAUAACCACAAUUGAAAUUUAAAUAUAUUAUUGUUUAUAUCAUGAAGUACAUUAAAUAUUAUUAAUAUUUUAUUUACCGGAUAAGUCAAAAACCAAUGUUGGUUAUUGUAUUGUUUUAAACCUGAAUGUGGUUACCAUACAUUUGACUAUUUUAUUACUUUUUAAAUGUACAGGUUACUUGAAUGUGGUAACCACAUCUUUGACUGUCUUUAAUGUACAGGUUACAGAAUAUUUAUUGUUUUAUUACUGGCAAUAGAUAGAUGUUUAAAAUGAGUAGGGAUGACAAAAGGUCAACAUAUAAUAUAAAGCAUUAAUUACAGGUACCAUAAGCAUAUACUUGUUUUGUGUACCUUUUUAUUUAACAACUGUAUUUAAUUUUGGUGUGGGAAUAUUAUCAUGGUCUGUCAUUUUAAUGCAGUACAGGACAGAUUUUUAUGGAUAUAAUUUUGAAAAUUAUAAAAAUUGUUAGUGCUCAUUCAGGAGUCAUAAUAACGAAGAACAGUCAAAAUUCAGAUAGUUAAAUGGAACAAUUUCCCAUUUUACCUUGACAACUUAAUAGAGCCAUACCAUAUCAUCAGUUCUCAUCCAAAUUUUCUCAUUUUUCCAUAUCCAAAUUUCUUCCCAUGGCAUUGUUUAUCGUAUUUAUUUUUAUUCAAAAAUUCCAUUUAUUCAUUGACCAACUGAAAAGCUAAAGAAUUCAUUGUGCAGCUAAUCAGGCAUAAUUAUUUAUUUUUAAUGUAAACAAUAUUGUUUUGUAAUCUUACAUCUGUUUAUUUAUUCAAUAUAUGAAACUUAUUGUUUGUUUAUGAUUUACAAUAAAUAUUCGUAAAGA